UGUGUUGCCAUGACAACCGUUUGUUUAUCUUCCCAAGAACGCUUCAGCAAAGUGCUGCAACAUUGUAGACACAAAGUAAGUUAUACAUUGUUGUUGUAGCACCACGGUGAGUUGUGGUCAGAUCUACAUUGAUAGCAGGAUGUCCAGGCUGGUAGAACCUGCUCCAAAGUUCCUGCCCCAUGAAUGGAAGCACACUAACAAUGUCCAGUUUAGAAAUGCAGAAUCAGAAAGAGCCCGCUCUGAGCGUCUCACCGCUGAGUCACAGCGACUUAUGGAGCAAUGUGACAAGACCGCAAAACGCAUGCAAGCUGAGGCCAGUAAAAAACUAGAAAUGAGAAUCACAGACAUCAAAUUCUGGAAACUGGAGCUGGAUAGGAAACUGGAUGAAGUGGUGCGUGAGACUGAGAACCUGAUCACCUACAGGAGCAGGGUGCAGAGAGCCCUGGAGAGCUGCUCCGAGCCCCUGACAGUCACCAUCCAGUGCCUCGCAGAGAGGGAGAAGCGGAUGGGCAUUGACCUGGUGCAUGAUGAGGUGGAAGUGGAGCUGAUGAAGCAGCGGGAGGUGAUUGAAGGGGUUGCCGCACUCCUGGAGCGCACUCUGGAGCAAACUAAUGAGCAGAUUAGGCUGAACCGCUCAGCAAAGUACUACUUGGAGAAAGACCUGCAGGACAAAUUCAAGGCUGAGAACAUCGACGACUUCUGUUCCGUCCUCACCAGCACCUACCCGGACUCUGAAAGCACUGGUGCAGGAGCUGCAAUGGACCACUUAGCUGGCAACAUGGUGACGCCAGACGAGUGGGAGACGUUCUCGGACAUCAACCUGCUGAAGGUGGAGAAGGAGCGCACCAACUCGGUGGCGCUGCGCUCGCUGGUGGACAACCUGCUGCAGCAGACGGCCGCGGACAUGUCCACCCAGCACAACACCGCCAGCUCCACCCUGGAGAUGAACGUGCAGAGGAUCAAGACUGCCAAGGCCACGCUGGAGGACCACCUCAGCAAGGUGCUGGCGGAGGUGGGCAGCCAGGAGAAGAACCUGGAGGCGUUGCGCGUGGCCCUGGCUGAUAAGGAGGGGCCCCUGAGGGUGGCCCAGGGCCGGCUCCAGGCCCGCAGCCUGCGGCCCAACGUGGAGCUCUGCCACGACGCCGUCCAGGCCCAGCUGCUGCUGGAGGUCCAGACGCUCGGCGAGCAGAUCAACAGUCUGAAGGCGACCCUGGCCGCGUCGGAGAUGGAGCUGCGUGCGCUGGACCGGCGCCAGCUGGCCCUGGAGGAGCAGAUCCACUCCAAGGCCCACGCCCUCUACAUUGACGAGGUCGUCUGCACACAGCUACGCCAGCCAAUCGCCAUCCACAACUUUUAACAUCAAUAGUUUUUUUUUUCUUCUCUUUUUUUUCUUUUCCACAAGAGGUGGCUGAGCGUCUGUUGACACAUUUUGAAACUUGGCUCAGGUUCUAUAUACAGUACAUUCAUGGGAAAUAUAGCAAUAAAGCUGCAAAGAUGAUCCAUUCGGA